AAGGGCCUAUACAUUGCACGAAUUUAAUGACAGAUCAGAUAGAUGGCGAUAUUGACGAUGAAUAGGCGGGAAAGCUCUCGCGCGAAGCCGGUGUAUACGUACAGCUACCAGAUCAACAGCGGGAAGGAUGCACGCUUUCCUGAAAACCGGGAAACUGGGCGCUCCGGCGGAGGUGAAGAAACCAUCGACCUCUCGGGCUAAGGACGACAGGAAGGAUCUGACGCCAUGGGUGGAAAAAUACCGGCCGAAGAAUGUCGACGACAUUGUGGAGCAAACGGAGGUGGUGAAUGUCAUACGGCAGGCCAUGGAACGCGGAGAUUUUCCCAACAUGCUGUUCUACGGGCCACCGGGCACCGGCAAGACCAGCAUCAUCCACGCGGCCGCGAGGCAGAUGUUCGGUAGCAUGUACAAGGACAGGAUACUGGAACUGAACGCCUCCGACGACAGAGGUAUUCAGGUUGUGAGAGAAAAGAUCAAGUCCUUCGCGUUGCUCAGGGCCAAUCCGAACGGACCAGACGGGAGAAAGUGUCCGCCGUUUAAGAUCAUCAUCCUGGACGAGGCAGACAGUAUGACCGGCGCCGCGCAAACGGCGCUCCGUCGAAUCAUGGAGAAGGAGUCGCACAGCACGCGCUUUUGUUUGGUGUGCAAUUAUCUGUCGCGAAUCAUCAAGCCGAUAGCGUCGCGCUGCACCAAGUUCCGAUUCAAGCCGCUGAGCGACGAGAAGAGCAUUUCCAGGCUCGAGUACAUAUGCAACGAGGAGAACCUGAAAGCCGACAGAAACGUCUUGGAGAAAAUCGUCAAGGCGUCGGGUGGCGAUUUAAGACAGGCCGUCAUGUGUUUGCAAUCGAUCACGCGACUGAAGGGAAAGGACUACGAGAUCACCGUGGAUGAUGCACUCGACGUUAUCGGGCUAGUUCCUGAUGAUCAAAUUAAUACACUGUGGGAGGCUUGUAAAAAGGGGAGUUAUAAUGAUAUUCAGAAGCUACUCGAAAAUUUGCUGCUGGAAGGAUAUCCGGGAUCACAGGUAAUUGAGCAAUUGAACGAGAAAAUUAUUUUCUCCGAUGAACUAAACGACAAACAAAAAGUGAUGAUUGGCGACGUGCUUGGUGAAUGUGAUUACAGAUUAACAGAAGGAUGUGAUGAAUAUCUGCAGCUUCUAAAUAUGUUUUCUAUCAUCUUGAUGGCACGCAAAUCAUAAGAUAUUAAUUUGCUUCUGUAAGUUAUGUACUUAUAUUCGUAGGUUUACGUUAUGUAUAGUACUGUAAAGAUUUUAUAUAUUUUCAUAGAAAUUGUUCACGAUAUUGUAUAAUUUAUUGACCUACAGUAUUAAUAUUAAAAAAUAGUCGAGAUUAAAGUCGUUACAAUAUAAACAAUGUUUAAAAAUAUUUUAGAAUUAAACUAAAGACAACUUUUGUGGAAGGUAUUAAAA